GAAGAUGUCACCACGAAAAAACCGGCGUAGGCAAGACGACGAGCUCGCGGAAAAUACGUGGCAUGGCGCCGGCACCGGUAUGUUACAUCUCACCGAGGGCCUCAUACCGAAGUUUACCGGCCAGGACAAGACCUACCCAGCGGCUAGGUGGGUCCAGGACGUUGAAGACAGUACGGAGCUCUGCGGAUGGACACCAUUACAGCAGUUGCUGAUGGCAAGACGUACGUUGGCGGGAACUGCAUUACUAUGGUUCCGGGCGGAGCGAAUAUUCAAGACUUGGGAUGAAUUUAAAGCUGCAGUUCUGAAGGAAUUUCCUGAUACAAUCGAUACUAAGACGAUACACGAAUUGAUGAGCUCCAGGUACAAGAAACCGAGCGAGUCCUGCCUAGAAUACAUGUUUACAAUGAAAGAAUUGGGAAAACGCGGCAAGAUGCCCGACUACGUAGCAAUAAAGUACAUCGUGGAGGGAAUAAAAGACCAAGAAGUUAAUAAAAUUAUGUUGUAUGGCGUGAGUACCUACAGUGAGUUAAAAGAGAAGAUUAAAAUAUACGAGCAACUAAAAGAAAAUAUGUCUGGUUCUGGUUCGAGCAAAGAAAAAGAAGGGAAGUCGAAGCAC